AUGAUGGAACUUCCAUCAACGUCUUUUAUCCUAAGCGGAACUUUUUGGGCUCUAGCAUUUGCAACAGCUAUCUCCGCGGUAUACCUCACCAUUCUCACGAUUUAUCGUCUGACAUUUCAUCCUCUCGCAAAAUAUCCUGGUCCGUUCUUGGCUCAGAUUACGGAUUGGUACUCAGUAUACCACGCAUGGAAAGGCGACAGGCAUCUCGAGUUCUACAGAUGCCAUGAAAAAUAUGGUCCGGUGUUUCGAUAUGGACCUGAUAGCCUUUCAAUCAAUUCCAACACGGCUUUGAAAACUAUCUAUGGCCACAAGUCGAAUGUCAAGAAGUCCCAAUUCUACUCGGUCUUUCCUCCAACCAAGGAUACUUUCAACACUCACAGCAGCAUCGACAAAGCUAGUCAUGCCAGAAAAAGAAGAGUUCUGUCCCAUGCGUUCUCAGACAAUGCAAUUAAGACUAUGGAAAAGUAUAUUUUGGCCAAUGUCAGAACUUUCUGUACCAAUCUGGGUCAACCAAAAGCAUCAGCAGAGAAGUCGACUGGCGGGUGGAGCGUUGCUCAGAACAUGUCCGAUUGGUGUAACUACCUGACGUUCGACGUCAUGGGCGAUCUUUGUUUCGGUAAAGCAUUUGAGAUGUUGGAAAAUGCUUCAAAUCGUCACGUGAUUGAUCUCAUUGGAAACGCUGCUCACACUCACUUGAUUACGGGUACAUAUCCGAUAAUCAAGACCAUUGGCUUGAGCAAGAUUCUUUUCCGUAAGAUCUAUGCCCAAAGAAUGAAGUAUAUGGCAUACAGCAGAGCUCAAGCCGCCGAAAGAACCAAGAUCGGACUUGAUACUGACAGAAAGGAUUUCUUCUACUAUUUGCUCAAUGCUCGCGAUGCAGAGACAGGACAAGGAUUCACAACACCAGAACUCUGGGGCGAGAGCAAUUUACUCAUCAUUGCUGGGUCUGAUACCACUUCCACAGCUCUUUCUGCUGCUUUCUUCUAUCUGGUUCAUAAUCCUGAUAAAUUGGAGAUUCUUACAAAAGAAAUCAUGUCCACAUUCUCUGAUGUCGAAGAAAUCCAUUCAAGUCCCACACUCAAUAGUUGCGCGUACCUCCGAGCAGUCGUUGAUGAAUCAAUGCGUCUAUCGCCACCUGUCGGUGGCAUUCUUCCCCGUGAAGUUCUUCCAGGCGGUAUCGACAUUGAUGGCCUCCAUAUUCCAGCUGGCUAUGUAGUUGGAACUCCUCACUACGCCAUUCACCACAACCCGGCGUACUACCCAUCUCCCUUUACCUUCAUCCCUGAACGUUGGAUUCCAUCUUCUUCACCGCAGGUCACAAAAGAUUCCGUAGCACUCGCUCAAAGCGCUUUCUGUCCUUUCAGCAUCGGGCCUAGAGGAUGUAUUGGAAAGGGAGUAGCAUAUGUUGAGCUCAUGACUAGUUUGGCUAGAGUCGUUUUCAUGUAUGAGAUGAGGAUGGCGGAGGGAUAUACCGUCGGAGAGGGAAGCGAAGAUAUGGAGGUUAGCAGACGAAGGAAAGAGGAAUAUCAGCUCAAAGAUAGUUUUACGAGUAUGAAGGAUGGUCCUUAUGUUGAGUUUAGAGCGAGAGCUAAGUGA